UGAACAACAUAUCUUGAGUUUUGAUUCAUCAAGUCGACAACAUUUUUUUGCUAUUGCACUAUUUUGUAAAAUUUACAAUGCAAUCAAAAUGUCUGCCUUUUGGGAUCUUAUUGAAGAAAGCAUCGCAGAUAGUUUAAAUUGUAAAUCUGAUACCCUGGUUGCAAUUGCUCAUAAUUAUUUGGCCAUUCACGCUGGUUUUAAAUGCAUUGGGUUGGGAGAAGAGCUGCAAGCGUUGGAUGAUAUCGAAGGUCAAUACAAAUUGCCUAAUAACUGGAACGUUAACACAACAAAAUAUGCACUUAGAUACGUAUUUGACGGCUUUGUUUACGUGUUAAUUGCAACAGUUCCACAUGGGUCUCAGCAAAUUCAUUUUGAAUUGCAGACUGCUAAUCCAGCCAAUGAUAGCACAUCUUAUACAUUUGAAUGGCCAUUCGAUCAGGUCAUACAAAUUAGAGGCCAAUUGCAGCAGAUAUUUGCUAAUAAACGCUGGACCUUGUUUGUUACUAAGUUGGCUGUUGCUAUUCGUGUCGUUAAAGAUGCUCAUCCACCCAAAUCGCCGACAUAUGAUCCCAAUUCACCCAGGGCAAAUCACUUUCCAAAUUUAAUCUGGACAAUGAUUUUUCCUGUGAUUUUGACAUGCAUUUGUAUCAACAUUGUACCAGAGUGCCACGGCAUAAAACAGUUUCAGUGUAAGCUCAGACACAUCUACGCUAAGCUCAUAGCCAUCUAACUAAUCGAUGAAAAGCCCGCGUCAAUAAAGAAUGAUGCAAUUUACAUGAAUUCCAAAUUGUUUAAAAUUAUCAUCAUUCGAUUGAAUUUAUACUAAAAUCUAUUUCUCAUAGCCUAUAUAAUAAAAUUCCAAUGAGAUGAAAUCGUUUUAAUACCGAAUCGAUCGAUUGUUUGAGCAGUUUUUUGCACGGAAAGUGAUAAAUCCAAAAAUUGAAUAUAAACUAAAUUAAAUUAGAAAACAAAAUCAAAGAGAAAUGUAUAAUAAAUAUUAAGUAUAGGGAAUUGUAUAAUGAACCAUAUUGUAAAAAUACGAAUAAAUAGCGAGCUUCUACUUGUUUCAUCUUCAUCGUCUUCUGCAACGAAGCAUUUUGUUUUAAGUCAGACAUAAGUGUGAUAUUUUACGGGUGGUUUGUAAAAUAUGUAUGUGCUUCAUGGAACCUGGGCUAAGUUUACUGAUUUGUUACAUUUGGUUGAAUAGAGUCACGUCGAGAAUUUUCUGCACUGAAUAUCCCUACCUCUUUGGGUGUUAGACUAUAGACUAUGUGAAUGUAGUAUUUAGGAAAUCUGGAACAUCGUCAGAUAAAUCUAUUCACAUGCAAUGGAUGUAUCAGAUAAAUUUUAGUACUUACAUUGGUACACUACGAUUCUGUGACUGAAUUGUUGUAUUAAACGAAAGUUGUGACUUUCGGAUGGUACCUACUAAACCAAAGUGUGGUGAUUUUUUUAAUUCUUUUUUCUAUUAUAUUUGUACUUAUCAGAGCUACCAUUUGCAAUAUUAAAGUUGGUUAAAUUCGAA